GGCUGCCAUAAAGUGAAUGGGCGCCGGCGGGGGGUGGCAGUCCGCGGCGAGGUUCGCGCUCUGCCCAGCGGGUCUGGGAGCGCCGGAGCGAAGCUGCCGCCCGGGAACUGGGGGACAGCCCCCACCCCGUCCGGUGCCUGGCCCCAGACCCCGCUUGCCCUCCAGGCCGUCGCCGCCUCUGCCGGGACUCCUGCCGCGUGACGCUCUGUGAGUUCUUGACCACGCCGGGGACAGGAGCGCGAGGGGCCGCGGAGCUGUAGCCGGUCCAAGGAUCCCCAAAACCGAACCUGGGGCGUCUGCACUCCGUGUUCCCGAUUUUAUCCGUGGUACUCCACAAAGGGUGGCCUUGCAUCAGUGACUGUGAAAGGGGCAGGGACUUCGUGUGCCCCAUGAACCUGGUCUCGGCGUGCUCUUUCCUCCAGAGCCUUCCAUGGAGUUCGGGCUACUCCCCGAAGCGGAGGCUCGCAGCCCCGCGCUGUCGCUGUCGGACGCGGGCACUCCGCACCCUCCACUCCCAGAGCACAGCUGCAAAGGUCCGGAGCACAGCGACUCGGAAAAGGCCUCGGCCUCGCUGCCCGGUAGCUCCCCCGAGGACGGCUCGCUGAAGAAGAAGCAGCGACGCCAGCGCACGCACUUCACCAGCCAGCAGCUGCAGGAGCUGGAAGCAACCUUCCAGAGGAACCGCUACCCCGACAUGAGCACGCGCGAGGAGAUCGCCGUGUGGACCAACCUCACCGAGGCUCGCGUGCGGGUGUGGUUCAAGAACCGGCGUGCCAAGUGGCGCAAGCGCGAGCGCAGCCAGCAGGCCGAGUUGUGCAAGGGCGGCUUCGCGGCGCCCCUCGGUGGGCUGGUGCCGCCCUACGAGGACAUGUACCCCGGCUACGCCUACGGCAACUGGCCGCCCAAGGCGCUCGCGCCACCCCUCGCCGCCAAGACCUUCCCGUUCGCCUUCAACUCGGUCAACGUGGGGCCGCUGGCCUCGCAGCCCGUCUUCUCGCCGCCCAGCUCCAUCGCCGCCUCCAUGGUGCCGUCGGCCGCACCCGCGCCCGGCGCCGUCCCCGGCCCCGCAGCCUUGCAGGGGCUGAGCGGGGGUCCCCCUGGGCUGGCCCCGGCGGCCGUGUCCUCCGCGGCCGUGUCCUGCCCGUACGCUUCGGCGCCCUACGUGUACCGGGACCCGUGUAACUCGAGCCUGGCCAGCCUGCGGCUCAAAGCCAAGCAGCAUGCCUCCUUCAGCUACCCCGCGGUGCCCGGGCCGCCCCCGGCCGCCAACCUCAGCCCGUGCCAGUAUGCCGUGGAGCGGCCCGUGUGAGCGCGCCCUCGGGCUUCCCCGCCGAGGGGGCGAUCGUCCACAGCGACCUGGGUCGUCUACACUGGCUUGCUCCCGCCGCGGGUCUGGGGUGGGGGCUCCAGGGAGGGCCUUCCUCCGGCUGGACCGCGCCCUGGGACUAAGGCCAGGAACAGGGACCGCUCCCCGGGGCCAGCUGCUCCCCUGCCUGGCCGCCUUCUCCAGACGCCCGAUCCCGUUUUCAAAGGUAAAUGAAAUAAAUGUGCGCAGACUGUGAAAGCCUGCUGACUCCGAGUUGCGGUUGACCCUCUUCCUGUCCUCCCCCACGGCCUAAAAAGAGAGAUGGAUGUGCUGGGACGAAACGAGCGUCCAGGCCUCAGUGCCCCCACUCCCUUCCAUCGAGAUGGAAAAGCCCGGGCUCCCGGAGCAAAGGGGUACAAGAGUGCCUCUAGUUUGGGGGAACCAGCGCUUGGCUGCAGUCGGCCAAAGCCCGUGCUGUGGCGCCACCUCGCGGCCUCAGGGAGCACAACUGGUAGGUCUGGUAGGUCUGGUUUCCAGCGCGUGUUUGCCGGGAUCAGAUUGGCAAUUUAGGGAGCCUCUGACGUUAGAUGAGCUACUCCGCCUUUCCGCACUUUUUUCUCACUGUUCCUAUGAGGGGCACGGGCCCCUAACAGCAAUAAAAUUCUGGUCUGUAACAGACAUUUAUUAAGUGCC